AUGGCCGAGACACCAUCUAUCCCAGGGGACGAGGAGGCUGCUCUUCGGCAUGAUAUUCUCCUUCUGUCCGCAUCUCUGCACUCCACAGCGCCUUCCCAGACCUCGUUGUCCACACCGGAGGUCCACAAAAAGCCGCACUCUCCCGUCAACCUCAUCGACGCCAUCGUUUCCUUGUUGUCGACUGCUACGACCCUCGGUGCACCAGAGGAAGAACGCGAUCCUGGAGGAAAUCGAGUAAUUGCUGCCACUAUUGUCUCAAACGAGGCGGGUCGUGUCGAGGCCUCCAUCCUUACUCGCAGCCUCAUGGAGGCCUCCAACGCCAGCGAGAAGAGGUCUGAUAAUGAUGGAAGGAACAGAAUCCAGCCUCUUCGCGGAGACCGACGCGAACUAUCCGAGAUACUGUACUCGGGUGCUUAUGAAAGUGCAUACGUCGGGUGGGAGCAACACGCACAGGAUGUCUUCUCUUCUUUCAACGCCUGGGCGAAGAGUAGCCUCGACCGCGGAAUGAAACAUCUCGCGUUCUAUAUAGCACAUCUGAGGCAAACACCCUCUCGCCAUCCUUCACGAAUGUACCGAUCAACUGGGAAUCAGCAACGAGGCUUGCAUGGUCUCCAACCGACCGCCAACGGUAAAUUUGUCCUCCAGUCGUCCAACUGCAACGUCUGGACUAGGACCCUGAAAGAAGAGUACGACGGCUUGAAGGAAUCGCUGGCUACGGAGAACCUCCAUGCUAAAGAGGCCCCUGGAAUAGGCGAUAUCAGGCGGGCUUUUGUAGCCCUCACCCGCAUUCAAGCCCUUGCCUCCACCUCAUUGCUCCACCGCCUUUCAAAUCUUGCACCUGCUCUUGUCGAUCGGUUGCGUCGUCCUAAUUCUGAAGUUGAGGGUUCAGACGAUUUCGAAGAUGAGAACCUUGAAGACUUGCGCGUUCGCAAUCGGCUGGAGCACUGCGUCAAGGCCCUUGUUUCCCUCAUCCCAUGUACGAAGCAAAUUAUCUCCUUGGAGUCCAGACCGGGGACGACAUUCGAAGCAUGUUUGAUCGAGUGUCCGUCUCCCCCAGUUCGGACCUACAAGCCAGAAAGUCUUGAAUCGAUUAUCAGUGGUCUACGCAGCACUCUACUCUCCCAAGACGCCAAAGAGUACAUGCUUUAUGGUCCAAAGGUUGCAACGUACAGUGACAAGAACACGAUGGAGGAAUCGCGAUUCACCGCUGCCAAUCGAGAAAAGGCUAAAAUCGACCGCCUCAGUCAGGUGAACAGGUUCAUCAACAGAGGGACAGCGCACUGCGAGGCCGCCGUAAUGAGCGCCGUUUACGCCCCAAGCGUUAACGACGACCGCGAGAAGCCUAUCCUCCACCUCAGCACGAUGCAAGAAAUCCCCAUCAGGGUGGGGAAACGGUGCUGUUGGGUGUGUUGGAGGCUGCACCUGCACCUCAAUGCCAUGAUUCAGUCCGGCCCUAUCACGCUUUCUGGGACACACGGGAUCGUGUAUGCCUGGGUUGCUCCGCAGGGUCUGCCUUUGGACGUCCUCAGAAAGCUACGUGCAGACCUUGCCGGUGCCCUAGAUACAGCAUCCAAGGAGGCUAGAGCAGCUGUAACCCCAGUGCAGAGCAGCAUUAGUGGAGACACUGAUGCCGACUCGCCCGAUCCUGGCUUGACGUUGGGUGACGUGUUUCCCAGCGAACGAAAAGCCUGA